ACAGACAUAAAUUCAGGGUGUGUGUGUGAGAGACUCAGAGAUCAAACUUUCUGUCAAGGUCUUUUCUCAACACUGUAGAGAUUACAGAGGUUAUUCUCAGGCUUCAGGAUUAAAACCCAUCUCACAUCAUGUGUACCGGAAAAUGUGCAUUUUGCGUCGGGACAAGCCUGUACCCGCUGGCGGUCAUCUCCAUUAUCUGUAAUAUUAUUCUGUUUUUUCCUGGCUGGGAUGUUAAGUACUCGCAGAAUGGACAACUUACUGAGGAGGUCAAGUACAUGGGAGGACUGGUCGGAGGGGGAGUAAUGGUGCUGAUUCCAGCAUUUCACAUUCACCUGACUGGAAAACAAGGUUGCUGUGCUAAUCGCUGCGGGAUGUUCCUGUCCAUUUUAUUUGCAGCUGUUGGUGUAGCCGGCGCUCUCUAUAGUUUCAUAGUGGCGCUUAUGGGUCUAAUCAAUGGGCCAUACUGUGGAAUUGGCCUUAUUUGGUCCACUCCCUUUAAAGACAGGAACGAGAGUUACCUUAAGCACAGUGACACAUGGGACAUUUGCACAGAGCCGAAGAAUGUGGUGGAGUUUAAUGUGGGUCUGUUUUCUACACUGCUGGUGACUAGUGCUGUGCAGCUUGUCCUCUGUGCAGUCCAGAUGAUCAACGGCCUCUUCGGCUGCCUCUGUGGAACCUGCAAAAAAGACAAGGGGCCGCUGUAACUCCUCACUGCUCCCGGGAGAUUAUAUCCAUCAUACCUGCCUCCAUCAUAUCCAGCCUCCCAAUCAGCUUCCGAGCGCCAUCUUCUGGAAGAUGUUGAAGAAUUUAAUAGAAUGUUUUUGUACUUUGUGUGUGUACACGUGUAAUCUCUUCAUAUCUUCAUGUUUACUGCUGACAUUUUGUUUUACUACUGUUUUUUUAAGUAAAGGCAUGUGCAUACUGAGUGAAUCAUAUUUUUUAAAGAAAAUUGUGUUAAUUAAUGGCAUAACACUUGUUUUGUAUGUGUCUGUAUUUUUAUAGGCUAGAGAUGAAAUGAACAUACUAAGAAUAAAAAAUAGAAACUGUUACACAA